GAGCGCUCCUGCACCUGAGCGCUGCCAUCGUGUCCGAAUGAAAGCUGCUUCUUUCAACUUAUGGGUUCUCACAUUUGAAGACUGACUGAAUUGUUCCUGCUGGAGUGGGAGAAAGAUGGAGAACAACACCACCCUUUUUCAGGAUGUCGCUCGGGUUGUAAAUCUGACGGCGAUGCCUCUGAACUCUGUUGAAGAACAAGUUAUAACCAUAUUUCUGACUACGCUCAUUUGUGGCGUUGGGAUCGCUGGGAAUGUCAUGGUCGUGCUCGUCGUCUUGCGCACCAAACACAUGGUGACGCCAACGAACUGCUACCUGGUGAGCUUGGCGGUCGCAGAUCUCAUCGUUCUCCUGGCUGCGGGCCUGCCGAAUAUCUCAAACGUGGUGGCUUCCUGGAUUUACGGUUACACGGGGUGCCUGUGCAUAACCUACCUUCAGUAUCUGGGCAUCAACGUGUCCUCGUGCUCCAUCACAGCGUUCACCAUUGAACGCUACAUAGCAAUUUGUCACUCCAUAAAGGCACAGUUCUUAUGCACGGUUUCCCGAGCCAAAAGAAUCAUAGCUGGAAUCUGGAUCUUCAUUUCCCUCUACUGUACGAUGUGGUUCUUCUUGGCAGACACUAAAGAAACCGUCUACACCAACGGGGUGGUUGUUACAUGUGCCUACCGUGUCUCGAGGAGCCUCUACAUGCCGAUCUACUUUCUGGACUUCACUCUGUUUUACGUGGUCCCUGUGAUCGUGGCCACGGUGCUGUAUGGGCUCAUCGCAAAGAUUUUGUUCAUGAGUCCUCUGCCGACACAUCUGAACGACCGAGCAGAAGGAGGAUCCGUUCAUCAGGGCCACUGCCACAGCACCAACAAGGCCUGUAAGGGAGCCGUUACUGCAAGAAAACAGAUAACAAAGAUGCUAGCUGUGGUGGUGAUCCUCUUCACGGUGUUGUGGAUGCCUUACCGAACGUUGGUGGUGGUCAACUCCUUCAUCGACCCUCCUUACCACGACACCUGGUUUCUCCUCUUCUGCCGGAUGUGCAUCUACACCAACAGCGCCGUCAACCCCGUCGUCUACAACCUCAUGUCCCAGAAGUUCCGCGUUGCCUUCAAGAAGCUCUGUAGGUGCAGCUGCCGUGGCAGGGAGGCAGAGUACAACGUGCCGAUCUAUUACAGCGUGAUGAAGAGCUCCUCCCAUGGGAGCAACGAGCCGGUCACAGAGCAGGAGGAGCUCAGCGGUCCGACGCCCAGCGGGUUCAACAUGACUGAAGACGAUGCGAGCGGGCUCAGUAGUUCUUAAUGAAAGCAGCAGUGAACCUCUGAGCGUGAAACAUUGUUUAAGCAUAUUCCAUUUGUAAGUUUUCUGUUAUUUUUUUAUGGUUAAAAAGAUGUUUAUGUGUAAAUUAACUGAGUUCAUAUAGCGCUUGUCUUGUCAUACUGACCUCUCAAAGUGCUUUACGCUAGAGCCGCAUUCACAGAUGUGCAGAUGGGUAGGGAACUUGGGGUGAAGUGCCUUGCCCAAAGGGUAGGUAGACAGGUGACAAAAAUUUAAACUACAACUUUUAGAUUCUAAGACAAGUUUGCUAUUAACUGUUUUUAUUUUAAACAUGUAACAACAUAUACAAAUGUUAAAACAGGAACAGGAAAACAAAAUUCUUGUUCUUUAUAUUCGUAUUUCUCAUCAGUGUGUUUAACAUAUUUAUACUGUAAAUACAAAACACUUCUCCAGGCCAAGCUUUGGCGUUUUCUAUAACUGCUUAGAUGGACAAUGUGCCAUUUUAAUAUCUUCUUCAUUUAUGUGUUCAUUUGUGACGCCACCACAGUGGAUCACCAGACACUAUUUCACGCCUACUAUCCUCCUCUGUGACCAAAACCCUCUACGGAUCAUCCUUCACCACUUCCAUCACCUUACCGAUCUAACAUUUUAAGUAAUUUACCUACCCUGAGCUGUCUCUCUGAUUUGCUCAUUUCUAACAAUGUCGCUCUUUUCAUUACUCCUAAUAAAACUCUAACAUCACAGAUCACCUUAUCCAAUGCAACUCUUGCAUUGUUUGCUUCAUUUAAAUAGUUUCUAUUACACAACGCAUGUCGUCUCAAGUCUCACUUUAAGAGAGAAAAUUUAAAAAUAGUAAAUUAAAUCAAAUAAAGAGAUUCCAAGUCAAUUGUAAUUGAUCCUGGUAAUCAAGCAAAGCAUUCUGGGUAAUUAAAAUUCAAGUAUUCAAAUUGGUUAAAAGGUUGGCUGUCUAAAGAACCCCAGCAGAUUGCAUUGAGUCAU